CGGGAGUUCGCGAGAACAGAACACAGAGAACAAAACACCUCAUUCAUAUACAAUCUUACGCACUGAUGACUACUCGAUUGGACACACGUGAUAUUCGACAGUAAAAGAGUCUCGAGCUCACAUGGCCCCACUCCUCAACCCGUCGCGUCAAGCUGAAUUACUUGCCUGUUUACACUUGAUUUUCAAUUUCCCAUACUUUAUCAUGAAGCAUACCCCUAGAAAAGCUCUUACGCGCGUUCUAAUAGUAACUGAUAAAACGGCUACAGUUAUUCUCGAACUAUUCGCGCUACUAUAUGUCACGACCUGGGUUGCAUCGCAUUGGUAGAGACCUCGAUUAGGUGCUAUCGACGAAGAUUCUACUCUAAGGAGCGA